UUCUAGUGGAGAACCCAACGCAGUCAGUAGUGAAGGAGAGGGAGGAGAUGGAGACAGUUGAGGUGAACGAGCUCCAGCCUCCCCGGCCCCCGCAUCGCAACCGCACCACCUUCACCCUGGGGCAGUGCAGAGUGUUAGAGCAAGAAUUCACACAGAGCCACUAUGCAGACAUGUUCACCAGGGAAAAACUGGCAUCUGAGAUACAACUUCCAGAGGACACCAUCAAGGUGUGGUUCUCAAACAGAAGAGCAAAAUGGAGGAGGGAAGCCAAGUAUAAGAGCAGUGUCCACGGAGCACAUACUUCAUUGCUGAUCAACCAAAAGAACAAAGAUUUCCCUUCACUGAAUUCAAUGACAACAACCAACUCAAUGACUCAACAGACUCACUGGGGUCAGAGGGAGAGUUUGGGAGUACAGUUUGACACUUCAUGCUCAGAAAUCUCCCAGAGAUAUGGUCCAGCUACUACAAUAGAGAGAGGUAUAGGAGGAACAGAAGUGUUGGGCUAUAGAGGCAUCUCCAUUCCGCUUCCAUCCUCAGCAUCUCAAUACUCAGGCAGCAACACGUUCCCAUUGGUCCAUCCCCAGGACGAGAGGACUCCAUCGGCUCACCAUGCAGAGAGAUUCAUUUUCCCAUUGGCUCAUCAUUACACAGACGUGAGGACAGUCUUCCCAUUGGCUCAUCAGACUGAGAGGAUGGGACAUUCACUGAACUAUCAUUGGGAUGAUGGGUCAAAUUUCCAAUUUGUUCAUCACCAAACAGAUGAAAGGAUUCUAUUGGCUCAUCACAGGGAGAGGACUGGUGGUCCAUCGCUUAUAUGACAGAAUGUCUCUCCCCUUUUCCAAAACACUUUUCUCUGAAUGUCAGAGCCAAACAUUCAUACACACACACACACACACACACACACACCUCUAAGGCUCUGCUGAUUACUACUGGGCAGGGUAUGCAAUAGAGUGGGUACAGAGACAUUCCAAUCGUGACCUAAUGUGUUUAAAAUUACAUUUCUACAGGCUAUUGCAACAUAUCUCAGUGAAAUGUAUGACCUUUUCUGU